CCCGCCCUCCCGGCCAGGCCCCGCGAGCGGCCACCGCCCCUCGCCCCGCGGGUCGGGCGCCGACAUGCGACCCGGGUAGCGCUUUGGGAGCAGCGGAGGAGCCCUCCCCCCCGGCCUGGGCGCGCCAAGAGGACAGGGGUUAAAAUGAAUGAAGACCCGAAAGUCAAUGUAAGCGGGCUGCCUCGGGAGUUUGUAGAUGCCGGUGCCUCCGGGAACAUCUCGGCGGAGGUCUCCUCCCAGGUCCCUGUCCUGCAGCCGGAGCCGGAGCUGGUGGUUAACCCCUGGGACAUUGUCUUAUGUACCUCGGGAACCCUCAUCUCCUGCGAAAAUGCCAUCGUGGUCCUUAUCAUCUUCCAUAACCCCAGCUUGCGGGCACCCAUGUUUCUGCUGAUAGGCAGCCUGGCGCUUGCAGACCUGCUGGCUGGCAUCGGACUCAUUGUCAAUUUCGUGUUUGCCUACCUGCUUCAGUCAGAGGCCACCAAGCUGGUCACCAUCGGACUCAUCGUGGCCUCUUUCUCUGCCUCCGUCUGCAGCUUGCUGGCCAUCACAGUUGACCGCUACCUCUCCCUGUAUUACGCCCUGACCUACCACUCAGAGAGGACGGUCACGUUUACCUACGUCAUGCUCUUCAUGCUCUGGGGGACCUCCAUCUGCCUGGGCCUGCUGCCGGUCCUGGGCUGGAACUGCCUGCGGGACGAGUCCACCUGCAGUGUGGUCAGGCCUCUCACCAAGAACAACGCUGCCAUCCUGUCCGUCUCCUUCCUCUUCACCUUCGCACUCAUGCUGCAGCUCUACAUCCAGAUCUGUAAGAUCGUCAUGCGGCACGCCCAUCAGAUCGCCCUGCAGCACCACUUCCUGGCCACCUCGCACUACGUGACCACCCGGAAGGGGAUCUCCACCCUGGCCAUCAUCCUGGGGACCUUCGCUGCUUGCUGGAUGCCUUUCACCCUCUACUCCUUGAUCGCUGAUUACACGUACCCCUCCAUCUACACCUACGCCACCCUCCUGCCCGCCACCUACAACUCCAUCAUCAACCCCGUCAUAUAUGCUUUCAGAAACCAGGAGAUCCAGAAGGCCCUCUGCCUCGUGUGCUGUGGCUGCGUCCCGCCCAGCCUGUCCCAGAGAGCUCGGUCUCCCAGCGACGUGUAGCGGGCUUUCCACCUAGGAGGAGCCUGCGGGAAUUUACCAAGCACUCCCACUGCCUGGCCGGACCGUUGAGACGCACUCCUUCCAUCCUUUCUGCUGGAGUCUCUCUCGAGCCACAGGAGCACUCUGAAGCAUUCACUUAGAUGAGUUAAGUGAUUGAAGUGAAAAUAAUGUCACCAGUGUUUUCACCUUUUUAAAAGCAAUUGAGUUCUUUGCUCAAUAUUAUUUUGUUUUAUUUGGGAUGGGGUUUUUUUUAAAGUAUUUUAUUUGAAGGCGGGGCUUAUGCUUUUUUAUUGUUUGGAGGAUUGAUAUUGUCAGGGGAAAGGAAGGGGUGUAACAUGGCCAUGAAAUUAUAAAAGGUAAACUGGUCCCAGAGUUUUUACCUGGACUUUAAAAUAAAACUGAAUUAUUGAGGAAAUUGGAGAAAGUACUUUUUCCUGACCUUCUUUUUUAAAAUGUCAAGGUAGAUUUUUUUUAAUGCCGCAUGUAUCAAAUAGAAUACAAUCACUCUGAAGCCAAUAGUCUAUGUGAUUAUCUUAUGGAUUUUAUUAACACAAACUGAUUUUAUUCACGUGAACUCAGUAGUGAAUUACCAACACUGAAACGAUAAACUCAUUUUUACUCAUUCUUUCUUUACUUUCAGCAGUUGCUGUUCACAAGAAUUAUUUUGGUAUUUCUAUGCCUGUUGUUAACUCUUUCUGCAUGGCUCCCUAUGUCAGCUAGACCACUAGUUUCAAAUGUUGCCAUGUAAAUCCAGAACCAGAUGAGUCACUUUUCAAUACAGUUUUUCAAUAUGACCUUCUAAAAUGAAAUAUGAAAUGUGUUGUGGUUUACGUACAAAGUAGGAUUGAUUAGGUAUAACACGGUGGUUUCCUAAGCUACAGUCUGUGUUCAGGAAACAAAAGAAAAAAAUUAGCAUGUUCAAAUUAGAUUAAAUUGAUUUUAGUAUAUUCUGAAAAAAUGAAUCAAUGUGAAGCUAUCACAAAAUAUAAAAAGCAUCACUUUUCCUAUCUAAGAAUGUAUUAAUAGUUUUUCUUGGUUGAACCAAAUAGAAUGAAAUACUGUAGGCCAAGUAUUUCUGAUUCAUACACUGUCUGUGGUGUCAGUGCAUUUGAAACAGGUGGUCUUCUAUUUUACCAAUUAAGCUUGUGAAUAAAUAACAUGCAUAUCUGAUUGUGAUGUGUAUCAGCUAUAUUCUGUACGUUUACAAGCAGAAUGACCACGUGUCUGUUUAUGAAAAGCUGAAUUUGAAUUCCUUUUCUUUUCACCAAAAAACAACUUAAAUUCAAUAAAAACUAUAUUUCCUGUUUUAA